UUAAAGGAAAAGAAGGAGAUUGCUACAAAAAAGAAGCCCAAGUCCGUUACUAAGCCCAGAAGCAGCGGAAUGUUGAAGAUGAAUCAACCCAUUUCGCCGUAACGUUGUGACUGAUCGUCUUCAGCAAUUUCAAAACCUCUCUGUUUUCUUAUGCCUUGGAGCGCCACCUGCUGAUCCAUUUCUUCAGACCCAUCGAAUUCCAGAGUCAUCGGAUCGGACCUGAAUAAGUAUGGCAGCGUAUAGAACGGACGACGAUUACGAUUACCUCUUUAAAGUGGUUCUCAUCGGUGACUCGGGAGUGGGCAAAUCCAAUCUUCUCUCGAGGUUUACGCGUAAUGAGUUCAGUCUUGAAUCCAAAUCCACAAUCGGUGUUGAAUUCGCUACUCGGAGUAUUCGGGUUGAUGACAAGAUCGUCAAGGCUCAGAUUUGGGACACCGCCGGACAAGAAAGAUACCGUGCAAUCACAAGUGCAUACUAUCGAGGAGCUGUUGGUGCAUUGCUUGUCUAUGAUGUCACCCGACAUGUGACAUUCGAAAAUGUUGAGAGAUGGUUGAAAGAGCUUAGAGAUCACACCGACUCCAAUAUUGUGAUAAUGCUAGUUGGCAACAAGGCAGACUUGCGACAUCUGCGUGCUGUUUCAACUGAGGAUGCCAAGGCCUUUGCAGAGAAGGAGAACACAUUCUUCAUGGAGACAUCUGCCCUUGAGUCUCUGAAUGUCGAGAAUGCUUUUACCGAAGUGCUAACCCAAAUCUAUCGUGUAGUCUGCAGAAAAGCGCUCGAGAUUGGGGAGGAUCCCGCGGCAUUGCCUAAAGGACAAACCAUUAACGUUGGAAACAAGGAUGAUGUUUCUGCAGUGAAGAAAGUUGGUUGCUGCUCUUCAUGAUAUCAUCAUUUGAAUGUGAGGUACAUCAUCAAAAGGAGUAAAAGGAUGAGUUCGUUAUGCUAUGUCUUGAAUUUCAACUCCUGGAUUUGCUCAACAAACAUUUACUUUAUGGUCAUUUUUUAUGGUGCUGGAGCUUCUCGGAGGGUUGGAUUCAUGUUUGGAGUCUUUUGAAAUUGACACCUUUUCUUAUUGUCAAUUCCGUGUACUUUCUUGUCCGAGCUCACUCUCUUAUAUUGUUUUAAUUUUUGUAAUGCCCCAUAGUUUUAAUUGUAUCAGAUUGUCCUAGAUAGAGAGAUCUGUUAAACUGAAGUUGUAUGUAGGUAAAUGUUCAGUUCAAUGGGAGCAGAAUUUUUUAGAUUCUUCAA